AUGGCUGAGAAUGUCCCUCCUGGGUCAGGCUCCGCAUCAAAGCCUGCGGCAGGCAAUGACCGGCCGGGAUUGCCUUACUACGAGAAAUUGAGGCGCGAUCUACGGGACACCCUACAGAAGAAGCGGCUCCUUGAUCGAAAUCUGGCUGUCAUAGAAGACCAGAUCUUCCGACAAGAAACUGCCUACCUCGAAGAAACCGCAGUCGCAGGCAACAUAGUCAAAGGCUUCGACAACUACAUCAAGGCAUCCGCAGUGACGGCGGCAGCCAGUUCAGCGGGCGGGACAAUCUCAGGCAGCGCAGUUGGCGGCGGUCUAGGUGCAGGGCGUCGGAAGGCGGUUGUGAACGACACAGAUCGAGUGUUCUCGAAGAGCUCAGUCUCAUACAUGAGAGAUUCGGACUCCCCAAGCAGCGCUACGAGCACGCCCAACCCUGCAGCCACGCCGACGGGGAGUUUUACUGCGGAAAAGACGGGUGAUAAGAAGAAGAAGAAGAGCACGGCGAAUGAUGAAGACACAGAAGGGAGAUCGAACAAACGCCAGAAGAUUUCUUUCGGUGGUGCGCGCAAAAACCAUGAUGAUUAG